CACGGUCAGCGCCCCAGUAGCGACUGGGAGAGCGUGUGCUUCGCUCCGCUCCAAACUCUCUCUCUCGUCGUCUCUCUCUCUCUCAGCACCACGGUCAGCGACUCAGUAGCGACUGGGAGAGCGUGUGCUUCGCUCCGCUCCAAACUCCCACCCUCUCUUCUUUUCUCCUCUCUCUCUCUCAACUGACUCGUUCCCUCUCUCUCUCUCUAAUCCCCAAGGGUAGAGUUAACGCUAAACCGGGGGGAGGGGGGGGCACCAUCAUCAUCAUACAACAACAACAGCGGCACGAUCAUCACAUUCAGCAGCAGCAGCCCAACGAGCACCUCCUUCAUUCGCAAAGAAAUAUUCAACUGGUUUCCGUGGCGUCUCUGAGAGAAGCUGUGCAUCGGUGGAACACGUGAGUUAAAGACACCGCAGUGAAGGAGGCCCGAGCCACCAUUCCUCGCCCGGCCGCCCUCUCCCGUGCCUCCACCACCGCCGCCGUCGCCACCGAGACGGCCCCGCGAUGAACGCGGCGAUGCAAGGGGCCGUGGUGCCCCCAGGCACGGCCGCCACCACCGCCUCCGAAGCUCCGGCCCUGGCGCCGUCCGGGAAUGGCACGGAGGCCGGCGGCAGCAAGGGGGACGCCUUCAGCAAACUUAAGGACAAGUUCAUGAACGAGCUCAACAAGAUCCCACUGCCGCCGUGGGCCCUGGUCGCCAUCGCCGUGGUCGCUGGCCUCCUCAUCCUGUGCUGCUGCUUCUGCAUCUGCAAGAAAUGCUGCUGCAAAAAGAAGAAGAAGAACAAGAAGGAGAAGGGCAUGAAGAACGCGAUCAACAUGAAGGACGUCAAGGACAUGGACAAUGAUAAGUCGGAGGAAGACCUGGAGACUGGCCUCACGGAGGGAGAUGAGAAGGAGGAAGAGAAGGAGGAGGAGAAGCUCGGGAAGCUGCAGUUCUCCAUCGAUUACGACUUCCAGAACAACCAGCUCACGGUCGGGGUGAUCCAAGCGGCCGAGCUGCCGGCUCUGGACAUGGGGGGCACCUCGGACCCCUACGUGAAACUCUUCCUCAUGCCCGACAAGAAGAAGAAGUACGAGACCAAGGUUCACCGCAAGACGCUCAACCCCGUGUUCAAUGAGAGCUUCGUCUUCAAGGUGCCGUACUCGGAGCUGGGCGGCAAGACCCUGGUGAUGGCCGUCUACGACUUUGACCGAUUCUCCAAGCAUGACAUCAUCGGCGAGGUGAAGGUUCCCAUGAACACCAUCGACCUGGGCCACGUCAUCGAGGAGUGGCGCGACCUCGUCAGUGCCGAGAAAGAGGAGCAAGAGAAACUUGGCGACAUCUGCAUCUCCCUGCGCUACGUCCCCACGGCCGGAAAGCUCACCAUCGUCGUCCUCGAGGCUAAGAACCUGAAGAAGAUGGACGUUGGUGGUCUUUCCGACCCAUAUGUCAAGAUCCACCUGAUGCAGAACGGCAAGCGGCUCAAGAAAAAGAAGACGACCAUCAAGAAGAACACGCUCAACCCGUACUACAACGAGUCCUUCAGCUUCGAGGUUCCCUUCGAGCAGAUCCAGAAAGUGCAGGUGGUGGUCACGGUGCUGGACUACGACAAGCUGGGCAAGAACGAGGCCAUCGGCAAGCUCUUCGUGGGCUGCAACGCGUCCGGCACGGAGCUCCGGCACUGGUCCGACAUGCUGGCAAACCCGCGGCGGCCCAUCGCCCAGUGGCACACGCUCAAGCCCGAGGAGGAGGUGGACGCCAGUCUAGGCAGCAAGAAGUGACCCCCCCCCCCCUCGCGAAUAAUAACCCUCAGCCCCUCCGCUUAGCUCCUCCGGCUUAGGUCAACGCUGUCCGUCUCUCCCAGAACACCACCACCACCCACCGCUUGCCUGAACACGGCACUCUUGAUCCGAACCUGGCCUUCACCUGCUCUGCCCUUCCUCGUGUUCCCCCGUCCUUGCCUCUUGCCCCGGAACUUCCCCGCUCCUUGCCAACUCUGCCCCCCCCUCCUCCUUCUCAUCAUCAUCAUCAAUUCCCGCUCGCCCCGCCACCCUGAGCACUGCCCUGCUCCGCAUCACCGUUCUCGCCUCGCCCGGCACCCGUCAGAUGUGUGGCUUUGUGUGUCUGUCGAUGUUGUGCGUCUUUUGUGUGUUUUGUGUUCGUGUACUUUUUGUGUGUCCUUCGAGGUGCACCUAGCCUGGCACACGCGCCGUGGUGACGUCACCGCCACUUGGUGGCGAAUGGCGGCUGUUAUUGUUGUUUAUGUGUGUGUUUUUUUAUGUGUGUGCGUUUAUGUGUAUUACGUGUGUGUUUGUUUC